UGUUGUGGCCACGAGCCGUCAUCAUUGCGUCGGAGUGGAGUUGCCGUGGCAGCCCUGACGGGGCUCAGGAGGAUGGUGCAGAUGGAGAGGUGGCAGACGGGCCGGACCGGGGAUUGGACGGUGACCCCGAGGGAGUCUGGAGUCCAGACAUCGAGCAGAGCUUCCAUGAAGCCCUGGCCAUCUACCCUCCCUGCGGCAGGAGGAAGAUCAUACUUUCACGAGGGGAAGAUGUAUGGUCGAAAUGAGCUGAUUGCUCGCUAUAUCAAGCUACGAACAGGGAAGACGCGCACACGCAAACAGGUGUCUAGUCACAUUCAGGUUCUGGCGCGUAAGAGGGUACGAGAAUACCAGACCAGCAUCAAGGCCAUGAACUUGGACCAGGUAUCCAAAGACAAGGCACUGCAGACGGUGGCCAACCUCUCGUCAGCUCAGAUUGUGUCUGCUAGUGUAAUGAAACCCCAGACUCAGUUCGCUCCACCAGUCAGAUUUUGGCCCGGCCCUAUGCCAGGACAGGCUGGACAUUCUCAGGACAUCAAGCCCUUUGCACAGCCACCAUACACUACACUACCACCCACUGUCGCUGCACCUAUCAGCUAUGAGCCCCUGCCUCCCCAGCGUCCCGCCGCCAUAGCAGCUCCUGUAUGGCAAGACAGAACCAUCGCCUCAGCAAAACUACGGCUACUAGAGUACUCUGCAUUUAUGGAGAUCCAGAAAGAAAGGGAGAUGUAUAAACACCUUUUCGUGCUCAUUGGACCGUCAAACCCGGGUUACAAUGACCCCGUUUUGGAGUCCAUAGAUGUGAGGCAGAUUUACGACAAGUUCUCCGAGAAGAAGGGAGGCCUGAAGGAGCUGUAUGAAAAAGGGCCGCACAACGCAUUCUUCCUGGUCAAGUUCUGGGCGGACCUGAGCAGCGACAUCGAGGAAGGCUCCGGCGUGUUCUACGGCGUGAGCAGCCAGUACAGUGGAACAGAAAACAUUACCAUCAGUGUCUCAACGAAGGUCUGCUCCUUUGGCAAGCAGGUGGUCGAGAAGGUGGAGACAGAAUAUGCUCACAUGGAAGGAGGAAAGUAUGUGUUCCGCAUCCAUCGCUCGCCCAUGUGUGAAUAUAUGAUCAACUUCAUCCACAAGCUCAAACACCUGCCGGAGAAAUACAUGAUGAACAGCGUACUCGAGAACUUCACCAUCCUGCAGGUGGUGUCCAACAGAGAGACUCAGGAGACUCUGCUGUGCAUCGCCUUUGUGUUCGAGGUGUCCACUAGUGAACAUGGAGCACAGUACCACGUUUAUCGACUAGUUAACGACUAGCAGCACAUGGUGUGCAUGCAGAGACUCUCCACAGACUUUUUGAUACAUACAGCAUAAACACUAUUUCCAGCUCAAACACACAGAACCCCCACUCCUGUACUCUCAACACACUUGUUUUAACAGACCAACAGUCACACUCUAGUCACACCUCUUGUUUGUAUGUGUAUGCUUUUCCAUCACUGCAAACUAUGCACCCUUUUUUAAACAGCCCAUGACUUAAACACUAAAGUGAAGUUCUUUUAUUAUAGAUUUCUACAAAAAAGUGAGUAAUUAUCACCAAGUGUUGUGAUGUAAUCCAUGAAAUGAUUUAGUCACAUUAACCUCUCACCUGGAGAAACUGAUUGAGCACAUCUCAAUGUAUCAAGGUGCAUUAAAGGUGUUCGUCUUUUUUUUAUUGUAUCCACUGACAAGCAAAGGAAAAGACACAUAAGAGCUAAAUGCUAUAAAACAAGUUUAAUAUAGGGUAUUCUAUUUUCAUAUCCAUUAUAAGGGCAAUGUAGCUGUGGUGCACUAAAGAUGUAUAUUCUCUUUUCCUGGCAUAUGUAUUUACGGCAUAGGUGUGACUGAUGUGAGACCAGUUUGAAUAUAGAUUGGCAAUCAAAUCAUUUAAUCAGUGUUAAUGUUACUAUUCCACAAUGACUUUUCCUUCUGCAGUUUAGUAUCUCUGUAAGGAUUGAAAAGAGCCUUAAUUGGGGUAUCCUCUAUCAUUGCUUCGUGUGGAGAAUCAUUAUUAUACUCCACUUGGUUUAAUCAAAACUCUAAGGGAAAUGCAGCAGGAAAUAUAAGUCUGCCUCUUCCCAGAAUGCAAUUCACUACAUGUCUAGACGUAAAUGUCCUAUUUAUAUUUGAAACACGUUGUAAUGUGUAAAGAGAGCCAUCCUUUUAAGUGUUUAAGUUAGGCUCACCUGUCUUUGGAAUCAAAAAUAGUUCACAGCUAGUUUAAUAUUCAGUUCACACUUUAGUAUCAGCAGCAUUUUGAAAGAAAGAAAUGAUCUUUUACUGUUCAUUAACAAAAUCCAGUUUUAACUCUGACUGUGUGGGCUCGCUGCAGUAUUUCUACCUCCACGUGAGUUGGGAUAAGAAUGUGCUUUGGUUCAUAAAGCCUUAACCUGAGGAGCACUGAUGUAUAGGACGUGUACACUACACUUGUAAUGGUACUGUUUAUAAACCAAAACAAGGUAAAUAGACUCGUUUUUGUAAAGAUGAACUAUCUUUUUUUGUAUUGUACCAGCACGGCUAGAAGUGUUACUCUAAGCAUCAGAAAUGAUGGGUUGUUUUGGUUGUAUCUUUUUGGAUGUAUGCAAAAUGAUGUAUGGUACAGACCACACUACGGUCACCCACAGUGCACUGGGGUAGAUUUUUGUCUGAUAACACUAACAAAUUAUCCAGCUUUCAUUGCUUUUUUUCUCUUUUGUUCAAUGUAAUAUUUUUUGGUUUCUGGUACAAGUUGCUACCAGUCUUUUUUAUAUAGUAAGUGUUUUUUGACUCUAUUACGCCCUUUCCAGGCAGGAUUAUCUUUAACCAUGUGAAAAGUGACAACGAUUUGUCUCGACCAUGAAAGUAAAAGCCGACUGGUUCAGUUUUAAAUAACCAUAUUCACUUUCUGGUCAGCUAAAAAUGUUUAUUCUUUUAUUUUUCCUAUCACUGUACUCUGGUUGGCUGUGCCUCAUCACUCCUUUGGUCAAUUCUGCUCAGUGAAUUAAAUCUGUGCCUUCAUGCUGUACCAAUAAAAUCACAUGGUGUUUGCAAAAUUGUGUAUCAUUUAGAGU